AUGCCAGUGAUCCUUGAUACAACGGAGAAGAGAGCUGGUGGGAUCGAGAUCGACGCGGUACUAGAGGCAACGCUUGAUACAACGGAAAAGAGUGCGUGUGGGAUGGACAUCGACGUGGUACUGGAUGUUGCAGGAGUGUUAACAUCUGACGUUGAAGUACUCGAUCUAGUACCCGAGCUUGCUAGAGUGAUAGAAGUGGAGGUGGGAGUAGGAGAAACGGUCCUAGAGCUUGCUGGAGUGUUAAGCCUGGAGGCAGGAGUAGCCGACGUGAUCUCGAAGCUUGUUGGAAUGCUAAGCAUCGACGAGGAAGAGGCUGAUCUGGCACCGGAGCUUGCUGGAGCGCUGGCCUCCGACAUUGGAGUACUCGAUGUGGUCUUAGAGCUUACUGGAGUGCUAAGCUCCAAACUGGUCCUCGAGCUUUCAGGAGUGCUGACUUGA